AUGGCGGCGGCACGGGUGCUGCUACUCCUCUCCGGGCGUCCGGAGUCGGUGAGCUUCGCGCAGAGUGUGUGCGGCCUCUUGGGCGCCGGGUCGGGGCUCGGGCCGUGGCCCACGCACUGCGGCCUGAAGCGGGGACAACUGGUCCUCUCGGACAAGCCUUUCCCAGGCGCGUCGGCCAGGCUUCCGCUCCAGCGACCCCCUUUCUGCCCUUUUGCGGCCCUGGACCAACAGCCCAGGGCUCCCGGGGUUGAGCUGCCCCCGAAUGGUCGAGGUGUGGAUCUGGGUGUGGCGGUCAUUCUGCAGUCCAGCGACCAGACUGUCUUGUUGACGCGAAGGACAAGCACCCUCAACGUUUCGCCCAACCUCUGGGUACCGCCAGGUGGGCAUGUGCAACCUGAUGAAGAGCUGCUGGAUGGGGGGCUUCGAGAGCUUUGGGAGGAGAGUGGACUCCAGCUGCCCCAGGGCCAGUUCUCCUGGGUCCCUCUGGGGUUAUGGGAGUCUGCCUACCCCCCUAAGCUGAGCUGGGGUCUCCCCAAAUACCAUCACAUCGUUCUCUACCUACUUGUCAUCUCCCAGGAGUCACAGCAGCAGCUCCAGGCCCGGAUUCAACCAAAUGCAGGAGAGGUGAGUGCCUUCAUGUGGCUGGGACCAGGCACAGCAGCUGCAGUGGCUGCCACAGAGGAUGGGACAGAGACCCCCAAACAUCUUCCCCAGGACCUACCGUCUUCUGUACCUGCAGUGGAACUAAAAGAGAAUGGAGGAGCCCAGCCUCUGGCCUUGCCCACAUCCACCCUGCUGCGGACAACCCCAGCCACGGCAGACAACAGAGAGAGGGUCAGCACUGGCACCAAGUUUGCCCUCACGCUCUGGCUGCAACAUCUGGGCAGGAAGAGCCGGGAUGGCAGCUGACGUGACAGGACAGUGCUUCUUCGUCGGGGGCAGGUCCUCCUCAUCUGAUGAGCUUUCUACUGUCAAGUCAAUAACUUCAACCUUCUUCUUACUCUCCGAUGGAUUGCCCUCUUGGACUGGGCUAUACUGGAGGCCUGUGGGUGGUAAGAAGACUGUGUCUCAGAGAAGAAGCCACACAAGACUUAGCUCAACUGGGGGACAAGGGGUCACUCACCAUCCAGCCCAUACCCUGGCGGGGGGCAAACCUCAGAUGCCUCCUUCUUGGGUUUCAUUGGGCACCAGGAUCCAUCUUCCAUGAACUGGAUCUCAUCACAAUCCGAGCAGGAAUUAAGAAUCUCCAUGAAUAAACUGGGGGAGAGGAAAGAUGGGAAUUCACGUGGCUGGGAGGUGGCUGGAACAGUGGCCACGGAGUUCUGGGACUCACCUUCCUGAACCUGUUUCCUCAUCUGUAAAUUAGGGCUGUUAUCCACCCUCCUGACCUCUCUGGGUUGUUGGAAUCAAAGCAACGUGUAUAAAGAAAGUGAAAGUGAA